ACCCACCCCUUCUAGCCCCUUCAGAGCUGGACCGCAGCGGCCCGGCGACCAUGGGCCGCCUCCUGUGGGCCCUGCUGCUGUUGCUGCAACACGCCGUGCUUGUGGCUGCGGGGGCCCCCGGGGAGCAAGUUAGCGCUCCGCGGAGCCUGGUAUGGGGCCCCGGGCUACAGGCCGGCGUUGUUCUGCCCGUCCGCUAUUUCUACCUGCAGGCCGUCAACUCGGAAGGCCAAAACUUCACUCGCUCGCCCCCAGGUCAAACACAAUUCAAAGUAGUAAUCAAAUCUAUCUCACCUAAAGAGGUAGUCCGGAUUCAUGUCCCUAAACCUUUGGACAGGAAUGAUGGAACAUUUUUGAUGAGGUAUAGGAUGUAUGAAACUGUCAAUGAAGGGCUGAAGAUAGAGGUCCUUUAUGGUGAUGAACAUGUAGCCCAGUCUCCCUAUAUUUUGAAAGGACCAGUAUACCAUGAGUACUGUGAGUGUCCAGAAGAGGAUCCUCAGGCCUGGCAGAAAACUCUUUCUUGUCCAACCAAAGAACCACAGAUUGCAAAAGAUUUUUCUUCUUUCCCCAGCAUUAAUCUCCAGCAGAUGCUAAAUGAAGUUCCUAAAAGGUUUGGGGAAGAGAGGGGUGCCAUUGUUCAUUACGCAAUUCUCAAUAACCACGUCUACCGGAGACCUUUAGGGAAAUACACAGACUUCAAAAUGUUCUCAGAUGAGAUUUUGCUAUCACUGGCAAGAAAGGUUCUUCUUCCAGAUUUAGAAUUUUAUAUUAAUCUUGGUGAUUGGCCUUUGGAACAUCGAAAAGUCAAUGAAACCCCUGGCCCUUUACCUAUCAUUUCAUGGUGUGGCUCUCAGGAUUCACGAGAUAUUAUCCUUCCCACGUAUGACAUUACCCACUCCACACUUGAAGCCAUGAGGGGUGUUACAAAUGAUCUCCUCUCUAUUCAGGGAAAUACAGGGCCUUCCUGGAUCAAUAAAAUAGAGAAAGCUUUCUUCAGAGGUAGAGACAGCCGAGAGGAGAGGCUCCAGUUGGUGCAGCUAUCCAAAGAAAAUCCGCAGCUACUGGAUGCAGGAAUUACGGGGUAUUUCUUUUUCCAAGAAAAAGAAAAGGAGCUUGGAAAAGCUAAAUUGAUAGGUUUUUUUGAUUUCUUUAAGUACAAAUAUCAAGUGAAUGUGGAUGGGACCGUGGCUGCGUACAGAUAUCCGUAUCUCAUGCUGGGUGACAGUCUGGUUCUGAAGCAGGACUCACCAUAUUAUGAGCAUUUUUAUAUGGCACUAAAGCCUUGGAAACAUUAUGUACCAAUUAAAAGAAAUCUUGCUGAUUUACUAGAGAAAGUUAAAUGGGCCAAGGAAAACGAUGAAGAAGCCAAGAAGAUUGCAAAAGAAGGGCAGUUAACUGCUAGGGACUUGCUACAGCCACACAGGCUUUACUGCUAUUAUUACAGCGUACUGCAGAAAUAUGCUGAGCGCCAGUCCAGCAAACCCAAAAUACGUGAUGGAAUGGAACUUGUUUCUCAGCCAGGUGAUAGCACAUCCAUCUGCCAGUGCCACAGGAAAAGACCUUUAAAAGAAGAUCUUUAAGUCAGCCCAGAUAUACACUCUUAUGUAUGCCGGCUACAUCUUGGAUGGAAGCAUUCGGAUAGAAUCUAAGCUGUGAAGAACACAGCUUGGGAGACUUUACCCAGAGAAUUAGUUCUCUUGCUGGCUUUAUGUCAUGUGGGGGAUAGAGCAAUUUAGAACAAGAAUCACCAAAUAUUUUCAUAUAUUAAUCUCUUUUGAGUAAAAGCUUCUAUUGUCAGUAUCACAGUUUCCCUAAAAAACAACAACAACAAAAACACUUGGGGAUCAUAGUAGAGAGGCUUGCCAAAAUAUACAUUGUUCUCUAGGAAAUCAUAUAUAUAAUUUUUUUUUCAUGGAAGUUAAUGAUUGAGUAAUUUAUUUUCUAAGUAUAUUUUUUGAUUAUGCUAUUACAGUUCCAUUUUCCCCCUUUGCCGUCCUCCAUACAGUACCC